UCCAAAUAGUACAUUUAACUAAUCAAUCAGUCAAAAACGGAACAAGAUAUACAUAGAGAGAGAGAAAGGACAGUUUUUGAUAUACACGAUCUUCUUCAUCCUCUCAAAAUUUCAACUUCAUCUUCUCCCUCAUCACAUUUUUCCCUGUCCCUUUGUAAUCAUGAUUCUUCUUUUGCCAUCAUUACCUUCUAAAGGAGCCUCUCUCUCUCCUCUCUCUAAACGAAUAAUGCAAAGGGAACACAAACUCACAACAAACUUUCUCAUCUAUAUAACGCCUCUCUAUAUCUCUCCCAUUAAUCAAACACGUCUCACUUAUAUAUCUCUUCCUCUUUCUUCUCUCUUCAUCAACCUAGCUCCCAAGAUGUGUUUGAGUUCUUCAGAACCAUUUUCAGACACACCCACGAGAUUAGUAUUGUACCUCAAAACACAAAGUCACGUUCGUAUUCCUCGUCUCUCCAGGAGGAGACGGAUGUGGCGGGAAGAAAAGAAGAUGGAGAUGAUCAAUCUAAAGCUUUACGUGGAGAAUCAAAACAUCAUAAGAGAGAACGAGAAACUUAGGAAGAAAGCUCUUCUUCUUCACCAAGAAAACAAAGCUCUCUUCUCUCUGCUUCAGACCAAAAAACUCUCCUCUGUUCCAUAAAUAAUAUCUUACCAUCAUCACCAAUCACUAAGAUUAUAUUCUUCUUUCUUUACUGAAAUAAUAAUAAGAUCUCAGGGCUCAAAAAAAAACCAGAAAAUUUUGGUUAUUUGAGUCUUUUUAUUAUCUUAGUGUGGGUUUAGUUAUUAUUAUUAGUGGGUAUACAUCUAAUUUUUAGUUUCAUCUCUCAUGUAAUCUCUGUAAGUUCUUUUGUUAAUUAAUGGUUAAUCUACUUUGUUAUUCAAAGUC